GAAGAAAAGAUGGCGGAGCAUACGUUACACCACAAUAAUUAUUUUACAAGAGACGUUGAGAAAAACGACGGAUCUGUCUUGAAAAUCAAACAGUGCUUUAAAGGAGACGUCGGUUGUGUGGUGUGGGAUGCAGCAAUCGUCCUGUCAAAAUAUUUAGAAACUAAAACGUUGUAUGACCCUUGCUCGGGCGUGAACAUGUGGGCUAGCAAAAACAUUCUAGAGUUAGGAGCAGGAACAGGAGUAGUGGGCCUUAUGGCAGCAUCUUUGGGAGCUCAGGUUACUGUGACGGACCUCGAGGACCUGCAGUCUCUACUCCAAGUCAAUAUCCAAGACAACCAGGAACUUGUCAGCAGUGGAUCCAUCGAAGCCAAGGUACUAAAAUGGGGUGAAAAUGUGUCAGAGUUUCUACCACACCCACAUUUUAUCCUGAUGGCAGACUGCAUCUAUUAUGAACAGUCCGUGAAGCCACUGGUGGAAACCCUGAAGCACCUGGUUGGACCAGAGACCACCAUCAUAUGCUGCUAUGAGCAACGCACAGUGGGUGUCAACCCCAAAGUGGAGAAACAAUUUUUUGAGUUGCUGCUACAAGACUUCCAGUCUGAGGAGAUCCCUUUGAACAAGCAGGACCCUGAGUAUAACAGUCCUGACAUCCGAAUCCUUCACAUUCGCAGAGCUGUCUGAGUGAAUGUCUUGUGUAUAUGUGGUUGUCAGGGUUGUGGUAUACAAAUAAUUUAAUUGCACCCCUAAGGAGAAAUGUCAUGUACAGUUCAUGGGAGUUUAAAUCGAAUGGACCCCAGGGGAGAGCACUAAUGUUGAAAGAACUCAUUUGAAAAUCCUUUAUCGAUAUAUCCAUGUCUCAGUACGGACUAUGAGUUUUACCAGACUGUGAUACUCAUUGCACCAUGAUUCUAAAACAAAUCCCAGUUAGAGGUAGACUCCACGAUGUGACUUAGGUGCACAAAGUAAACAGCAUAGUGGAUCAAUUUCCACAGCAACUAAGAGUGUUGAAGCGUGUGGCUAAACUUAUCAGCUGUUUUGGUCCCAUACAGCGAGAUGCAAACUCAUACACAUGUGCAGAUACUGUGUGUGACUGUGGGAGCAAAUUCUUGCACCUCGCUUAUUGCAAUAUAUGUGGUGCUGAACGUGGCAAUGUAAUUUCGCUGGGUCUACCUUUGAAAAGGAAAAGAAAACAUUCUCCUUCAGAACAUGGUUUUCUCAUUGCAGUAUUUAACUGUUGGAACACAUUUGUGGGAUGAUUAAGUUAAUGAAAUAUAAUUUUAGCUAAUUAAAGUAUGUCAAAUAC